CCUGUCUUAUAUCACUAAAUUCUUGUCUCUUUUCAAAGGUAAAAAUGCCAUUUUCAGAGCUGUGGUCAAAGGUGUCCCAGCUCCUGAGGUGAAAUGGUCGCGUAUGCGGAAAGGAAUGGAUGAUCCUGCCAAAUACGAAAUGUCCUUCAAUAGUGCUACAAAUGAAUUCAUUCUGCAGAUCAAGAGCCUGGUUCUGGAUGACAGUGAUUUGUAUCGCUGCUGUGCUGUCAAUGCCUACGGAGAGGCCUCGUGCUGUGCUGGCCUCAGGAUCCUCCAAGUUGGCUUUAAGAGGAAGGCGAAAUAUGUUCCUGUUCAUGCUGCUGAUGAGCUCAAGAAGACACUCCUGGACUCCAAGAAACUGCUGAGGAAGAGGGUUGCAGCACCAAAACCAAAGCCCCUGGACAAAGAAGCUGUGUGGCAGCUGUUGCUGCAUGCAGAUAAGAGAGAUUAUGAGAAAAUCUGUAUGAAAUACGGAAUUGUGGACUUCCGUGGGAUGCUAAGGAAGCUGCAGGAGAUGAGGAAGGACACAGAGACUGAACAAGACAAGUUAAUUCACAAUCUCAAAAACUUUGAACACAUCAAAGUCAAUAAGGAGGGAAAUGCUACGUUCAGCCUGGAGAUGGAGCUGAAAAACAGCAACAGCAACGUUUACCUGCUCAAGGAUGGCGAGCGGCUCCGCUACGGGACAGGGGACGAGUACAGGAAGCACUGCCUGAGGAGAGUUGGCAGGAGGUACUACUUCACUGUCAAUGAUGUGCAGCCAGAGGAUGCAGGGGUGUACCAGGUCAGGGUGGAGGACGUCCCUAUCUUCUCAACUGAACUGGAUGCUCAAGCCAUCCCGGUGCGGUUCCGGCAGCCGCUCUCGGACGUGCGUUGUGCCGAGGCCGCGGACGCCGAGUUCCAGUGUGAGCUGUGCACGCCCUGCCACGAGCCCAUGUGGCUGCACAAGAGCCACCCCCUCCAGGCCAGUGACAAGCACCAGAUGUCUGUGACUCCUGAUGGCCUGACCCACAAGCUGACUGUCAGGAACGUGGGGCCCUCGGACAGCGGGCUGUACACGCUCGAUGCGGGACAGGGCUCCUCCAGCGCAUGGCUCCUCGUGGAGUAUGCCAAAGGAAAGAGGAGACAGGAUGAAGGAGAAAAGAUUGAAAGGGAAACAUCUGAGUGGCUGAAAGAAACAAUGGCAGACAACGAAAGGGCGAGGAAGCUUCGGCGCCAAGAACAAGCUGCUGCUGAAGAUCAUUCUUCCUUUUCCACAUCCUCUGGUGUGCAGAAAAGUGGCUGGUACAGAACUGGUCAAGGCAGCAGCCAAGACAGGGGCCAAGGACACUCCAUUGGUUCUGAUGAUGGAAGCCAAAGAUUUUUGGGGAAAGAGGGGCUACGCAAAACCCACAUAAAUGGAGAGGUGGGGUCUGGGCAGUUUUCUGGAGCAGGUCUAGAUAGAGACUCAGCAGCCAAUGAUGGCAGCAUCUUUGGACUAAAAGGCUUAGAAGGCAAAAGGUUAAGGCCUGUCCAUAGUGUGGACUCUGUGUCAGGCAGAGCAGGUCCUGGUGUGGCAGGAGAGGCAGGCGAAUGGAAUUCUGUGGAUGGCAGAGGUGAAGGUGUGCUGGGUGUUGCUAACAUUGACAUGGAUGAUGGAGAAGGUUUGGGCUCUCAGCGUGACAAGGAUGGGAAUUUAGGUGAUGCCAGUUACAGAGCUGGUUUUGGGGAUGCUGGGAGGUUGGUGGGAGCCAGUGUGAGUGAUCUGUUCAGCAGGACUGUUCCAGGAACUGGAGCUGGAGGGAAUGCUACAAGUGCUGGAAUGGAAGGAAGAAUGAGGUCCCACCACAGCAAGGAUGGACAUCCCAGUGUGGGUGAUGUGAACGGAGCAGAUAUAAACAGAGAGGGACAAACAGGGACUCCCUAUGGCAAAGAUGGCCUGACACCUCAUGCCAGUGGUCAGUUAGGGCAGACAGGAAGAUAUGGCUCACUAUAUGGGCCAGGAGGCCUUCCAGGUGGAGAUGGAGCUAUACCUGGUGCUGGUGGCAGUUCCACAGGAGAAAUGGUGGCUUUGUAUGGUCCAGAUGGUCAGGCACUGGGAGCAGGUGCUGGCGCUGCUGGUGGAGCUGGUGCAGGGGGAUUUGGACCUCCCUAUGGAAAGGAUGGGGCAUUUGGAGUUCCCUAUGGAAAGGAUGGUCUCCCAGCUGGGGCUGGUUUUGGUGGUGUUGGUGCAGGGGGAUUUGGGUAUCCAUGUGGAAAAGAUGGUCUCCCUGCUAAAUCAGGUGUUGGUGGAGCUGCAGGUGGUGGUUUUGGAGGUUCAGGAUCUCCUUAUGGAAUGGAUGGUUCCCCAGCUGGAGCAGGUGCUGGUGGGUCUGGUGGUACAGGGGGACUUGGAUCUCCCUAUGAAAAGGAUGGUCUCCCAGCUGAAGCAGGUGCUGGUGCAGGUGUUGCUGGUAGUGCUGGUGCAGGGGGAUUUGGAUCUCCAUAUGGAAAGGAUGGUCUCCCAGUUGGAGCAGGUGCAGGGAGAGUUGGGGGCCCCUAUGGAAAGGAUGGUCUCCCAGCUGGGGCAGGUGCAGUGGGAUUUGGAUCUCCCUAUGGAAAGGAUGGUCUCCCAGCCGGGGCUGGUUUUGAUGGUGUUGGUGCACGGGGAUUUGGAGCGCCCUAUGGGAAGGAUGGUUUUCCCAUUGGAGCAGGUGUUGGUGGGGCUGGUGGAACAGGGGGACUUGGAUCUCCCUAUGGAAAGGAUGGUCUCCCAGUUGGGGCUGGUGGUGCUGGUGCAGGAGGACUUGGAGAAGCUUUGUAUGGUCCAGAUGGUCGGCCACUGGGAGCAGGUGGUGGUGCUGGUGUAGGGGGAUUUGGAGUUCCCUAUGGAAAGGAUGUUGGAGCUGGUGUUAGUGGUACAGGGGGACUUGCAUCUCCCUAUGGAGAGGAUGGUCUCCCAGCUGGGGCUGGUGGUGCUGGUGCAGGAGGACUUGGAGAGGCUUUGUAUGGUCCAGAUGGUCGUCCACUUGGAGCAGGUGUUGAUGGGGCUGGUUCUGCAAGUGCUGGGGGAAUUGGAGGUCCCUAUGGAAAGGAUGGUCUCCCAGUUGGAGCAGGUGUAGGAGGAGUUGGGGGUCCCUAUGGAAAGGAUGGUCUCCCAGUUGGGGCUGUGGCAGGAGCUGCUCAUUUUCCUCUUGGAGCUGAGGAAGUGAUGGGAUCUGGCCAUGGCAUGGAUGCCAUGCUGAGCAGAGCUCCAGGAUAUACAGGAGGAGAGGGCUUUUCUGGGGAAGGCCCUGCACUGUGGAGUGCAGGGUCUCCCUAUGGCAAGGACAGAGGGUCAGCUGUAGCCAUGGCUGGUACAGGUGGGGUUGGGAGGUUGGGAGGGGAUGAAUGGGGCUCAGUCAGUGGUAAAGGAGGUGUGGGAGGUGCUGGUGGACUACAUGGUGAAUAUGGGCUGGAUGCACAUCUUGGCAGAUCUUUGAGAGGUGAAACUGGAAAGGGCACUGCCGGUGAUGUCAGAGGUUCAGCUGGUGACGCAGGGUCUCUGUCAGGUCCAGGAGGAGCCAGGGGAGAGGGCAGAGAUUUCAGACAGUUGGGCUCCAUUUAUGGCACAAAUUCUGCCUUUGGAGAGGCAGGGAUUAAAUCCCAUGACAGAUCUGUUGAUGGGAGUAGUUCAAGUGGGUUUGGCCAAGGUCCACUAAGUUAUGGCCAGAUGUCAGGUCCUUGUGGUGGACCUCCAUCAGAAAACCAGAAAAACCAGGAACCUGACCUGGAUCUUAAAGCAAAUGAUUCCCUGAAGAACACAGAAAGCACAGGACAAAAGAGACGGAGUGUCCUGGAUGAUCUCAAAGUCCCACGCUGUUACCUCAACAAGCAGCUGGCAACUGUGCGAGUGCUGAAGGGAGACCCAGCUGAGCUGUCCUGCACUGUCAGCAAGGACAACGUGACAGGAACCUGGUUUAAGGAUGGCCUAAAGUUAACAAGCAUGGAUGGAGUUGUCUUUGAAAAGAAAGGUCUUGUCCACAAACUGAUAAUUAACAAAGCAGAAGAUAUUCAUGCUGGGAAAUACAGGUUUGAAGGUGGAGAUGUAAAAACUGAAGCUUCAAUUUUUGUUGAAGAUCCUCCCCAGGUGGACAAAGUCCUCCUCAAGAACUUGACCAGUGUCCCCACGGUAGCCAAGGCUGGGGAGUGUGUGAAGCUGCGGAUCCCGUUUGAGGGCCGGGGCCCCAUCAGGGCAGCAUGGCUGAAGGACGGGAUGGAGCUGGGGAAUGACACCAGGAUCCGUGUGGACAAGACAGACACCUGCACCACGCUGUCCAUCUCCAGCUGUGACAGGAAGGACUGUGGGGAUUACAAAGUCAGGCUCAAGAACGACAGUGGUGUCCUGGAGAUCAACCUAAAGCUCAUGGUGAUAGACAAGCCACAGCCCCCAGCAGGACCCAUCAAAAUUGUAGAAAGGUCUGCCAACAAUAUCACAAUCCAGUGGAAGCCCCCAAAGGACGAUGGGGGCAAACCAGUGCAAAGGUACCUUAUAGAGAGGCAGCAGAUGGGCAGGAACGACUGGGAGACUUUGGGAGAAACCCCCAGGAGCUGCACCAGCUUCACCACAAGCAAAGUGGAGGAAGAGAUGAGCUACUACUUCAGGGUGAGGGCCGUGAAUGCCGAGGGAGUGAGCGACGCACUGGAGUCAGAGGAAGUGAAGGCUGCCAGUAAAGCAUCCCCUGGUGCCCCAGAUCCUCCGGAGAUCAUCAGUACCAGCAGGGACACCAUCACCAUAUCCUGGAAAGCUCCCCGUAAAACCGGCGCUUCCCAAAUUCUGGGAUACAUUGUUCAGAAACGUAAGAAGGGCACCGUGACCUGGCUGCCAGUCACCAAUGUGCCUGUCAAAGACAAGAAGCUGAAGGUGCCCAGCCUCAAGAAGGGUGUGCAGUACGAGUUCCGUGUGGCAGCUGUCAAUGCUGCUGGUACAGGACAGCCCAGUGACCCCUCUGAGCCCGCCUUUGCCCGGGACCCCACCAAAUCUCCAGGCCAAGUGCAAGAUCUUAAAGUGAGCACCAGUGACGGCACCAGUGUCACCUUGACAUGGAACAAACCUGAAGUACAAAAUGGGAAUGAAGUGAAAGGCUACGAGGUGGAGAUGAGGCCCUGUAACAGCCUGAGCUGGACCAAGUGCUUCACCCUCCCUGCAGAGAGCACCUCGUGCAGGGUCCAGGGCCUCCAGCCCAGGGAGAAGCUGUUCCUGCGUGUCAGGGCCCUCGGCGACAGCGGCCCCGGGGAGCCCUCAGAGCUCGAGGCUUGUGCUGGAGCUGCUGCUGCUGUGGUCUCUCCCAGGUUACUGAUAGAUGACACAGUGAAAAGCUUCCUGCUUAUAAAAGCAGGGAAUCCCAUCCGGGUGAAGAUUCCCUUUGAGGGAUCUCCUGAGCCGGUGGUGACCUGGUUAAAGGAUGGGCUCCCCCUUCCCAGCCAGGCUGUUGUGAGCACCGAGGAUGGGAGCACCCAGCUGCUGCUCAGGGCAGCCGAGUUCAGUGACAGCGGCACCUACACUGUGCAGCUUGGGGACGAGCUGGGGAAAAGGGAAACCUUCAGCUUCCAGGUUCAGAUUGCAGAUAUCCCUCAGCCCCCUGGAGCCAUCUGGCUAGAGGAGAAUGUUCCCAACACAGUCACAGUGACCUGGGACCCCUCAGCAUCCGAGCAGUGGGACAAGAACCUGUACUACACAGUCCUGAAACGGGAAUCCUCAAAGGGUCUGUGGCACGUGCUAGGGGACCUGAUCUACAACAACAAGUUCACCUUCACCAGGGUGCUCCCAGGCAGGGAUUAUUACUUCAGGGUUGUGGCAAAAAAUGACCUGGGAGCCAGUGAUCCAUCAGAUACUGUGCAGCCUUGGAGGAUCUGGAAAAAAAAGGUUGAAUUUCGAGUGAAAGCACAGAAAUACAGGGGAGUUAACCAGAACCAGCCCCCGAGGUUCCUGGUGCCACUUAGGUCCCACGUGGUGGUGACAGGCAGUGAGUGCCACAUGAGCUGCGCCGUUGGAGGCCAUCCCUCCCCAAAAAUCACAUGGUACAAGGACAGCAGAGACCUCUCCAGAGAUCCCAACUACUUCUGCACCAACGACUUCGGAGUGUGCUCCCUAGUGGUGCUGGGGGUCACCAAGCAGGAUGAGGGGGAGUACAUGGUGGAGGCCAGCAAUGAAGUGGGUCGUGCCUACAGCAAAGCCUUCCUCGCCAUCAAAGACUCCUCCCUGUAGCGUGGCCCUGCUGAGAACAUCCCUCCAUGGCUCCGAGGAUGAGAAGGUUUUGGUGAGGACUCAUCCAUAUGAAGGCUGUGCAAUUAUUGUCAGAUGUUCUUCACAGUCUGAGGGCGUUAUUUUUCAGAUUCAGUAAUUACACUUUGGACAUAGUGCUGCAUUGUCAUCAAUACCGGGGGGAAAAGCUUUAAAAGCACUGUAUUUUUUUUUUUAAUGAUCAGGCUUUCCAUGAGACCUUUAAAACACAGCUUAGAAGCUUCAGGAACACAGAAGACGAGAGGAAAAAUUACUGGCCAAAAUGAAAUUUUCUGUGGAGAACACACUUGGGAGAGACCAUCCUGCCACACCACUCAUCUAAAACAAGGACAUUUCUGGACAUCAUGGAUCUCUGGUCCUUUCACCAUGCUUUUUCAAGCCAAAACAAUCACUUUGGAUUCCAUGUGAUUCUCUGCAGGUUUCUCAAAUCUGGCAGAAGCAGUUCCACAUGUGUUCUACUACCAGUAGCAGUUAAGUAGAUUAUCUUCCCUAACCCCCAAGUUAAAAAGAGCAGCUGCUUGUUCAUUUUGUCUGGGCAGGAGAUGAAAUCUCAGACCAGCCUGGCAUGGGGCAGGUGAAACUCCCAGUGCAAAUGCACUGGUGGGAAGGGCUGGAAGUCUACAGGCAGUGU